GUUUAACCUCUCGUCAUUGCCUUUACCUUUACCUCACUUCAGCUUUACGCUUUCUUAGAAUUCCGAUUCUCACGGAUUGAUGCGGACGUAGACGGACAGUUAAGCCUUUUUGCUAACUGUCUUUUCUUCCUCUCGACACCCGACUUGCUAUUUUUUAUAGCAAGCCCGGCUAACUUUGACUCUUAUCAUCCACUCAGGAACUUGCCCUACGUCAAGUAACUGAGCAUCCUGCAACACCAAUUUCCUCCUCACAACUCGACACACGUCAUAAUCACGAUGGCGUCCGUCGCAUUCAGCCGCUCAACAAGAGCAGGUAUUCAUCAAUGGAGUUCCAAGGUUUCCCGACCUGUCCUUAUCAACCGCCGAAACCUCUCAUCAUACCUUGUCUCGCCGAAAGAGCUUCACGAAGCCCUUCAAAAGAACCCUCCGUCAACGAUCAGCACCGAUCCUCGAGUCAUUCCCCUCUGCGCAUCAUGGUUCAUGCCAAAUGACGGGCGAUCCGGAAUCGAAACGUUUCGCGAGCAGAGAAUCCCCAAGGCCCGGUUCUUCGACCUCGACAAGCACAUUGAUAGGCGCAGUCCCUACCCUCAUAUGCUUCCCAAUCCCAAGACCUUCGCCGCUGCCAUGAGCGGUCUUGGAAUCCGAAAAGAGGACACAGUCGUGGUCUACGACAGCAAGGAGCUUGGCAUCUUCAGCGCUCCUCGCGUGGGCUGGACCUUAAAGGUUUUUGGUCACAACAAGGUCCACGUGCUAAACAACUUCAAGCUCUGGGUGGAACAGGGUCUACCAACCGAGUCAGGAGAGAUCUAUACUGUCGAGUGCCGCCCCUAUCAGAUUCCUGGCAUGGAUGAGGACAGUGUCGCAAGUUUCGAGCAGGUGAAGGAGAUUGCUCAAGAUCACAACAAGGAGGGCGCCGAGGGCGUUCAGGUCAUUGAUGCCCGACCUCACAACCGAUUUACUGGUGAAGCUCCUGAGCCCCGCGAAGGUCUCUCCUCUGGUCACAUGCCCGGAUCUAUCAACAUUCCCUUCAGUUCCGUGCUGGAUCCCAAGACCAAGGCUUUCCUUCCCAAGGAUGAACUAAAGAAGCUAUUUGCUGAGAAGGGCGUCGACUCGCAACAUCCCAUCAUUUCAAGUUGCGGUACCGGUGUUACAGCUUGCGUUAUCGACACCGCUCUGGAGGAGGCUGGCGUUGGAUCACCCGAGUCAAGGAAAGUCUACGAUGGUAGCUGGACCGAGUGGGCUCAACGGGUGCAACCUUCAGAAAACCUGAUCAUCAAGACAGCACAAGAGUAAUGUACCCUGGUGGUUUAUCUGGAACAAGUCGGAAUACGUGGUAGUUGAGCUGCGAUACCCUCAUUAAUGAAGGCCUGGAGUUGCCAGGCGCGUACGAAGAACAUGCAUACCCCAUUCCCCUCUAUGGUUUAAGUCACUCUGUUGCGCAACAACUUGUGUUUUCUGCGAUGGAAGUGACAAAAUGGCUUCUGUUAGGCGCUCUGU